UUGCAUAUAUUUCCAAGAAUUGCAUUGUAUUUUCUCAUCUCCUCUAAUUUUUCACAUAUAACCCACAUAAAAUAUUGAAUUUCAGAAACAUGGGAUGUAAAAUGUGUGUACAUUUGAUCGAAACACGUUUAUCGAAAUCAAUACAUCCACGGUGCCAGCGUCAAUAUUCAGCUGCACAAGCAGAACUGAAGUUCGCUGUUUAUGCUGCAUUCGCUGUUCUCAUGCUAUCCUGUUACGCAGAGGCAUAUGAUCCAUUAGAUCCAAACGGGAACAUAACGAUCAAAUGGGAUGUUGUGUCAUGGACUCCAGAUGGCUAUGUGGCACUAGUGACGAUGAACAACUUCCAAAUGUACCGGCAUAUAAUGAACCCUGGGUGGACGCUAACAUGGAUGUGGGCGAAGAAAGAAGUAAUAUGGUCAAUGGUGGGAGCACAAACAACUGAACAAGGAGACUGCUCUAAGUUUAAGGGAAACGUACCUCAUUGCUGCAAGAAGACCCCUACAGUUGUGGACUUGCUGCCAGGAGUACCUUACAACCAGCAGAUUGCGAAUUGUUGCAAGGGCGGUGUUGUUGCAGCAUGGGGACAGGACCCUGAUUCUGCAGUUUCUGCCUUUCAGGUCAGUGUCGGAGUGGCUGGAACAUCAAACAAGACUGUGAAGCUGCCUCAGAAUUUCACUUUGCUUGGACCUGGACCUGGCUAUACUUGUGGCCCAGCCAAAAUUGUGCCCUCCACAGUUUACCUCACCCCUGAUCGUCGGAGGAAAACUCAAGCUCUCAUGACGUGGAAUGUAACGUGCACUUAUUCACAGUUUCUGGCUUCAAAGAACCCGGCAUGUUGUGUGUCCUUCUCAUCUUUCUACAAUGAGACAAUAGUUCCUUGCGCAUCAUGUUCUUGCGGUUGCCAAAACAAAGGUAGUUGUAUCAGGAUCAACUCGAAGAAAUCACACUCAGUAGGUAUAAAUACUCCAAAGAAGGAUAACGCGCCUCUUCUACAAUGCACACAUCAUAUGUGCCCUAUUCGAGUCCACUGGCAUGUCAAGAUCAACUACAAGGAUUACUGGCGCGCAAAGAUAUCUGUUACUAAUUUCAAUUAUCGCUUAAACUAUACUCAGUGGACGCUGGUGGUUCAGCAUCCCAACCUUAAUAACGUCACCCAAGUAUUCAGCUUUGACUAUAAGCCUCUAGUGCCUUAUCAAUCAGUCAACGAUACUGGUAUGUUCUAUGGUACGAAAUUCUACAAUGAUCUUCUAAUGGAAGCUGGACCGGGCGGGAAUGUCCAAUCUGAAGUGCUUCUACGGAAAGACGCAAACACAUUCACCUUAAAACAAGGAUGGGCAUUUCCUAGAAAAGUUUACUUCAACGGAGAUGAAUGCAAACUUCCACCACCAGAUGCAUAUCCUGCUCUUCCAAAUUCUGCCAGAAUGAUUUCAGUUGCUUACUUAAUGGUUGUCGCUACUCAGGCGUUGAUGGCUGUCCUUAUUUAGGUAAAAUAUUUUUUCAUAUGAGCACUAAUAGCUGUCAAAUCACAAGUAUCCAAAUCGCAACACUACUAGAAAUAUAAGAAAACAAGUCGUUCACCACAGAAAUGUUUCUUGUGAAGUUCUUGAGCAAUUGUGCAUUAAGUUACACUUAUGCCUUGAUUUAGAAGGGUGGGACAUUUGAGACAUAUGUAUAUCCUUUCUUACACUUUUGAGUUCAAAUUGUAAUACCGAACAUAUUGUUCUAUUUCUAGAGAAUCAAGUAAUCAACUCUAUAAAUGUUUUACCAAA